GUGUUAGCAAACACUUUUAAAUCUCCACGCUGUUUAGCCGCGUUAUGUAGAUUUAAGGAUUAAGUUUAUGUGUCGGUCGACAGUAGACAACACUGGUUGCGGCUGAGAGACAAGAAAUCUCAACAAAAGCUGAACACCAGCUUGACAGACUUUUAUGACUGUAGCAUCUCCACUUUAGGAACAAUUUACAAACAGUCCUUUUAGUGCAGACGGGGGCUGCAGCCAUGGCAGGUAAGGGUCGCGGAGUGGCCGCGUUCACCUUCAACAUCGAGGCUCUGGGCAUCAGCAGGGGCAGCAUGCCAGAAGCCAGGGUGGGGCCCAAUCCGCUGUUUCCAAACACAGAUUUCAAACCAGUUCCACUGAAAGUUGGCGAAGAGGAGAACUACCUGCUGGCCCUGAAGCAGGAGAUGAGGGGAACAAUGCAGCAGCGACCACACAACAUCAGAUUUCCGCCCAAUAAAGCCGAGGUGGAGAGAUAUACAGAGAGGUACCUGAAGCAAAAACAGAUUGAAGAUGAAGACUGGACUCCAGACUGGAACCUAUUCCCGAAAGAAUUAAUGCCUCAAAUGAAGAAACCUCACGUUAAAGCAGGUGCAAAGAAGAAAAAGGCGAAGAUGUUGGGCAAAGACACAACAGAGAUGCUGAACAAAUUAGAUGAAUUAGAAAAGAAAGACACGAACCAGGAAAAAUCUGACGAUGAGGCUGAAAAGAAACCAAAGAAGGAGGAGGAUGAGGAAGAACCUGAAGCGGAAGAAUAUGACGAAGAGGAUUUAGAGGAGGAUAACGACUACAUCGAGAGCUACUUCGACAACGGUGAAGACUUUGCCGCAGACAGCGACGAUAACAUGGAUGGCGAAGGCACAUACUGACACAGCUUCAAGUCAUCCGGAUACUGUAGAUGAGUGAGGAAUGCUCUUUAGAAGAGUGAUAUUUUCGUUUUGUUUGAGUGACUCUAACAUGAAUUUUCUUUGAAGAAAAAAAUGUAAAUAAGAUUAUGUACAGACCGGUUAUAAU